GACUGUGGGCGCAAGUACACCUUGCAUUUCCAAGAUGGCGACCGGCGGGUCUUUGACCGAAGAGAUAGACUACGUAAAACUGUACAAUCUACGGCCGCUUGUGUUCCAUCUCUACCUUCUACCAUUCAUACCCCUAUAUGGCGCCUGGUUAUACACAUGGCUGAUGAUUUAUGGCGUCUCGGAGUAUUUUGAAGCAGGGUUAAUAGCCGUCGCUAUCAUCGGUUUAUUGCAGAUCCUAUCCGGCCUUUUCUGCCAUUGGAACGUCCACGUGCGAUCUUUCUUUACUUGUGCUUCGGAGAGUAAUCCUUCUAGAGCCAAAAUCAUCAAAGUUGUCCCCACAGCUAACAACGGAUCAGCAGAACUGAUCAACUUACACCACGAUAAGGACAAGCAAACUGGCAAGGAGAUUAUCUGGUUCAACUUCCAAAAAGCAAAGUAUGUGUAUGACAGUGAGGAGAAGAAGCGAUUUUGUGCUGUGCAGUUUCCUAUCAACGAGGCCAUGGGGCAUUACCAGGAGAGUAAGGGCUACCUCGACGAUACCAUGGUGAACCAGGCACAAGCUAAAUUUGGAACCAAUGAGCUGGAAAUGACAGUGCCAGACUUUAUGGAGUUGUUCAAGGAGAGAGCCACUGCUCCAUUCUUUGUUUUCCAAGUGUUCUGUGUGGGUUUAUGGUGCCUUGAUGAGUACUGGUACUACAGUGUGUUCACCCUCUUCAUGCUGAUCGCUUUUGAGGCAACUCUUGUACAGCAGCAACUAAGAAAUAUGAAAGAGAUUAGGAAAAUGGGAACCAAACCUCACUUAAUUCAGGUUUACAGAAAUAAAAAGUGGCGUCCCAUUCUAAGCAACGAGUUGUUACCUGGUGAUAUUGUAUCCAUAGGGCGUCCUAAGAACUCUGAUGUGCUGAUACCAUGUGACAUGUUGCUGUUAAGAGGUUCGUGUAUUGUGGAUGAAGCCAUGCUGACAGGGGAGUCUGUUCCACAAAUGAAGGAGCCCAUAGAAGGGCUGGAAGCACAUGAGGUGUUUGAUAUGGACGUCCACGGCAAGCUACACCUGUUGUCUGGCGGAACCAAAGUGGUUCAGCACUCACCCCCUCCUAAAACGGCCGCAGGAAUAAAGGCAUCAGACAAUGGCUGUAUAGCAUAUGUGCUGCAGACGGGCUUCAACACAUCUCAGGGCAAACUGCUACGUACCAUACUGUUUGGUGUAAAGCGUGUCACAGCUAACAACCUGGAGACGUUUAUGUUCAUCUUGUUUCUUCUUAUUUUUGCUGUUACUGCUGCUGUUUACGUCUGGGUUAAAGGUACUGAGGACCCAAACCGGAAUAGGUACAAGCUGUUCCUGGAAUGCACCCUGAUCUUGACGUCUGUGGUGCCACCAGAGCUACCUAUAGAGCUCUCACUUGCUGUCAACUCAUCACUUAUGGCUUUACAAAAGCUAGGUGUUUACUGUACUGAACCCUUCCGAAUCCCCUUUGCUGGUAAAGUGGAUGUGUGUUGCUUUGACAAGACUGGUACUCUCACCAGUGAUAACCUUGUUGUUCAAGGUGUUGCAGGGAUAAGAAAUGAUGAUGAGAUCAGCUCUGUAUCAGAACUCCCUGACAACACUCUCCAUGUGCUCGCAUCAUGCCACUCACUAGUCUGUCUGGAUGACAUCCUGGUGGGGGAUCCACUGGAGAAGGCUGUGCUGCAGGCAAUUGACUGGAGGCUCACCAAAGGUGACCUGGUUUUACCAAAUAAGGGGCGUCGGCUGACAAUGCGCAUCAUGCACAGGCAUCACUUCUCCAGCGCCCUCAAGCGUAUGUCAGCGGUAGUCUCCAUGCAGACACAGGGAUCCAACACAAGCGAGUACUUUGCUGCUGUCAAGGGAGCCCCUGAAACACUCAGAAAUAUGUACGAGAAAGUCCCGGAUAACUAUGACGCGGUGUACAACAAGAUGACGUGCCAGGGAUCACGUGUGCUCGCACUUGGGUACAAGAAGCUUGGAGAGCUUGGCAACAAAGAGAUGCGUGACCUGGGACGAGAGGAGGUGGAGAGCCAGUUGCAGUUCGUUGGUUUCGUCGUGAUCGCCUGUCCUCUAAAAAUGGACUCAAAGAACGUCAUCAAGCAGAUCCAGGAGUCGUCUCACCAUGUGACCAUGAUCACUGGCGACAAUCCACUUACCGCUUGCCAUGUGGCCAAGGAACUAAGGCUCACAAAAAAGCCAAUUAUUGUUUUGACCCCUCCAGUCUAUAAUCACGUGAACAAUCAUGUGGAUGGUGAUUGGCACUGGGAACCAGCUGAUCGAUCUUUCUCCAUACCUCUCUCGCCGUCUGGAGGAUCACGGGAACUCAUCAAUAAAUACGACAUGUGCAUUACAGGCGAGGCAUUUUCUUAUCUGACAACUCAUCCCGAGGCGUCCAAGCUUUUUGAUGCUAUCCUUCCGUUCGUCCGCGUCUUUGCUCGUGUUGCCCCGAAGCAGAAGGAACUGGUGAUCACUCGGUUAAAGAGCAGAGGCUACGUAACACUCAUGUGCGGCGACGGUACCAAUGACGUAGGCGCUCUCAAACAUGCGCACUGUGGUGUUGCGUUACUAACUGGUGCACCCGAGCGACUCCCUGAAUCCGGCAAACGCAGCAAAACUCACGAUGAGAAGACGUCUGCUUCGAGUGACGACAAAGGUAGUCAUGGUAGCAGUGACAUCACUAUAGUACCGCGAGGCAAGCUGGGAUCGCAUGCUGCGGCUAAGGGCGCGUCACGUGCCGCGAAGAUGCGCGCUAUGGCACGAGGGGACGACACGGCGGCAAACGCCAAGGCUGAGCAACAGAAGAAACUGCAGGAGAUGUUAAAGCAAAUUGACGAAAUGGAAGGACCACAGAUAGUUCAACUUGGAGACGCGUCUAUAGCUUCACCAUUCACCUCGAAAUCUUCAUCAAUUAACUGCGUGUGCCAUAUUAUCAAGCAAGGUCGUUGUACGCUGGUCACUACCCUGCAGAUGUUCAAGAUUCUUGCACUUAAUGCACUCAUUCUGGCGUACAGUCAAAGCGUGCUCUAUCUGGAUGGCAUAAAGUUCAGUGAUGGGCAAGCUACUCUACAAGGAGUGCUCUUAGCCGGGUGUUUUCUCUUCAUAUCUCGAUCAAAGCCCCUGACCGUACUAUCCAAGAGUAGACCGCUGCCCAAUAUAUUCAACUUCUACACGAUAUUGACAGUAUUGGGCCAGUUUGCAGUGCAUUUUAUCGCGCUAGUGUACAUGGUUGGGCACGCCAAGCGCCUUACACCUUCCAGUUCUGCAGUGCACGUUAAUUUGGAGUCGAAGUUUGAGCCUACCAUACUUAACAGCACAGUUUACAUUAUAUCAGUCGCUCUUCAACUGCUCACCUUUGCAGUUAAUUAUAAGGGACAUCCUUUCAUGGAGAGUCUACUCGAAAAUAAGCCGCUGACCUAUAGCUUGCUGGCAUCUACGGGAUUCGUUGUCUGUAUGGUCACAGGAUCUGUCCCGGAGCUGACGGAUCAAUUUGAAAUCGUACCGUUUCCCCCUAAGUUCCGGGAAGUGUUCCUCCAGACCUUACUAAUCGAUGCAAUGGCAGUCUUCUUGUUGGAUAGAGUCCUCAACUUCAUCCUUGGGAAGUCGCGUCUAAAAAAUCAUUAACCAUCCAGACCAUCUAGCUGCUGCUCAUAGAAUAUUUAAAAUUCCACAUAAAGCAUUAUUUUCAAAAUUUGUAAUAAAAAGAACAUAUUUCGACGGUUACGUGAACAUGAAGUUUUAGGAAUUCACAUCUUAAUAGGUAGUCGUCCUUUUCUUCACAUAAUAUGUGGAGCUGUUUGCUUCUCGUUGGUGGGGCGAAAAAUAUUCAACAGGAUUUUAGUUGUUAAUCGUUGAAACAGUGGGAAGAUUUCACGUCGAUUACAUUUCUUGAAAAAGAUUCGGAGAGGGCCUGCAUCUAGCUGGAAACUGUGGCGGUCAUCUUGAGUUCUUUCUGAUAAAUCCUCUCAAAACGCCUGCUAGCUUUAUCGAAAUUCAGAUCUGUUGAUGUAAAACUUCUAUAUACUUUUAAAGGAAGGUAGAGGGAAAUACAAAGACAUGUAUUUAAUGCUUACUGGCAAAUAAAGACACUUUAUUUGAAUGACA